AUGGGCAACCCUGCAGGAUCUCUGCAACCUCAAGGACCUGGCCCUCAGCCCCUCCACUUUCCCUGUCCCUCUCCUCCCUGCCAACCCCUGUCUCAUGUAGGGACCUUCACUAUCCGGCUGCUUCACACCUUUACCUUCCAAAACACCUCCUUUGUGGACGUAGAGGGGUUAGGCCUGCUGGAAGACAUCCAACUUGGGUCUCUUGAUAAGCACACCUGGGACAUCCACUUCUCCCAGCCCUGGGUGCAUCCAGCCCUGCCCCGCAGUCAGUGGGACACCAUUGACAACAUGCUCAAGAUCGAUUUUCAUAAUUUCAUCCACCUGAGCAAUGAAAUGGCCAUACAGAAGGAUGUGCCCUACCCCUUUGUGGCUCAGUCCAUGGCAGGCUGCAAGCUCUACCCCAACAGGACCUCUCAGAUAUUCGCCUAUGUGGGCUACAAUGGGCAGGACUUCCUCAGCUUCAACACAGACAGUGCCACCUGGACCCUCUCCCAGGACACCAACCUGGCACGGUACGCCAGGGAUGUCAUCCAGAACACCACCCUCGCUGAGGCAGUGGAGGGCAUCUUCAACGAUACCUGCGUCAGUGCCCUGGAGAUGUUCCUGAGUUACGGGAGGGCAGCUCUGGAGAGACAAGAGCUGCCCGUGGCCACGGUCUUUGCCCGCACGCCCAGCCCACACCAGCUGCUGCUGGUUUGCCAUGUCACCGCCUUCUACCCCCGGCCCAUCAGCGUGGCCUGGCUGAGGGAUGGCCACGAGGUGCCUCCGGGCCCGCAGCUCAACACCAGCCCCGUCCUGCCCAACGCUGACCUCACCUACCAGCUCUCCAGCGUCCUGGCCGUGGCCCCCCAGGACGGGCACAGCUACGCCUGCCGCGUGCGCCACCGCAGCCUGGGCACCCGCAGCCUCCUCGUCCCCUGGGGUAGGUGCCACCCGGGGGCACGGCAAGGGGCGCCCCAGCCGCCCACCCGCUGCCAUGGAGCAAAGCCCGGCAAGCUCAUGGCAGCCCCUCCUUCUAUUGCCCAGGCAACUCACAGCUGCUGCUCAUCACAGGGCUCGUGGCCGGGCUGCUGGGAGCCGUGGCUCUUGCUGCCCUGA